AAAAACGGAUUAGUGACAAGAUCAGACGGUAAUCACUACACAGUGGACAUAACUUCGUUCUAAACAGCUAAAGAAGAUGGAGUUGUUAUGUAUCUUGGUGUUUUUCGUUUCCUCUGUACUUGUCGUGUCUGGACAAAACCCCCGCGUGACUGUAACUGAAGGCGAGCUUGUAGGAAAGACCGUCGAGUUUAGUGAGGAUCGGUUCAUCAACGUGACUAAAAAUGUAGACAUAUACUUGGGUGUUCCUUAUGCGAGUCCGCCAACUCGGUUUGCAGCCCCGGAGCCCAUGACGCAAUGGGAGGGCGAAAGAAAUGCUACACAAUUUGCCCCUGCGUGUCAACAGGCACCGACUUUCGUAUACCCCAACAUGGCAGAAGAUUGUCUGUACCUGAACAUUUACACACCGAGCCCAAAGGCAUCUGGAAUUCCUGUGAUGGUGUGGAUACACGGAGGAGGGUUCUCCACUGGUACGGCAAUGACAUACGAUUAUUACGGAUUACCUUUAGUUGCUGUUGGUGAUGUCAUUGUUGUAGCUAUCAACUACCGACUCGCGAUUUUCGCUCAGUUUUCAACCGAGGACGAAAACUCACCAGGGAAUUAUGGAAUGCUGGAUCAAGUGGCUGCUCUGAAAUGGGUUUAUGAAAACAUAGAAGCAUUCGGUGGUGAUAAGAACAAAGUGACCAUAUUUGGAGAAAGUGCUGGAUCAGGAAGUGUUAGUUUUCACAUUAUCUCCAAGCUUAGCAGACAAUAUUUCAAUCAGGCAAUAUAUCAGAGUGGGACUGUGUUUAGUCCAUGGGCCUUCAAGCACGAUCCAGUUGCUGAGCUUGAGAAAGCACAACAACUUGGAAUAAAGAUGGGUUGUGACGAUGUCAUCUCUAAUUCUGCUUUGGUUUCCUGCCUCCGGGAUGCAGAUGCCCUGGAACUAAGCGUGGCAGCUGACGAGAUUUAUCAGUUACAAUAUCCAGUAACUUUGGACGGUUCAUUCUUAGAUGACACCCCAACCAACCUCUAUGAGAUGGGAGAUUUUGCAAACGUACCAAUCAUGGUUGGCUUCAACAAGGACGAAGGCACACUGAACCCGUUCGUUUUCCUUCCAGACUACGUUGGAAGCCCGACUCCACCACCAAUAAAUCGCACCUACUUUGAAGGAGUGGUUAAGUUAAUUUUGAAUAAUUAUGGCAGGGAUGAUGAGAUCGUAUACGAAUCUGUGCUCCAGGAAUACAUCGACUGGACUAAUGCUGAUGAUCCAGAAGCCGAUUACUUUCAAUCGUGGGUUAAUUUCGGGACUGAUUCUGACUUUGGCUGCCCAUCGGAUUUUGUCGUCAGGAAACAUGCUGAAGCUAGUGGUACAGUCUACAAGUAUUACAUGACACAUGAACCAUCUAAGAGUCUCUUUCUGUAUGGAGAUAUUUAUCCGAAUACUCCGUGGUUAGGAGCUGGUCAUGGAGAAGAUCUAACGUUUGUUUGGGGUCUCCCUUUUAUUGAUGAGCUUUACUAUAUUCAUGGGCACAACUUGACAGAUGAGGAAAACGCACUGUCCGUGAAAUUCAUGCAGUUCUGGACAAACUUUGCCAAGUCUGGAGAUCCCAGCAAAUCAAGUGUUGAUGGAGAAGCAGGAGUAGGAGUCGAUUCAUGGCCCUUGUACACUAUCCCUGAGCUCGAACACAAGGAACUAUCCCUAGAACUGGGCGAAGGCAGAGCUGUGUUGGCGAGACAGUGCCAUUUCUGGAACGAAUAUUUACCCGAUCUGGAGGCAUUUGCAAACACGAUUGACGAAGAUCAGAAAGAAUGGCGAGAGGGCUAUGAUGACUGGAAAGAUGAAAUGGCAGUGUGGGAACAGUACUUUGAAGAAUACAAACAGCUACCAACAUGCAAUUAGAUUGAAUAUUAGGAAGCAUAGUGUAGUGUCUAUACAUUUUAUCCUA